AUGUACCCUUUCCUUAUGAGAGGUUUUCACAUGGUGGGGAUGUCUGGUCAUCAGAACACCAUUUCUUUAGUACUCAAGCAACAGAAACCUCAAGCAACAAAAACCUCAAGCUUCUGCGAAGACUCACCUACAGAUCAGAGAGAAAGGAAGAAAUGGAGCGUCUCGGAUGAUGUAGUGGUCAUUAGCGCAUGGCUAAACACCAGCAAGGACCCGGUUGUAGGGAAUGAGCAGAAAGCAGGUGCCUUCUGGUCACGCAUUGCUGCUUACUUUGCAGCUUCUCCAAAGGUUGGAAGAGGUGAAACGCGACAGGCAAUUCAGUGUAAGCAGAGGUGGCAUAAACUGAAUGAUCUCAUUUGUAAGUUUUGUGGAGCCUAUGAGGCUGCAACGAGACAAAAAACAAGUGGCCAGAGUGAGUCUGAUGUUGUUAAACUGGCCCACGAGAUUUUCUACAAUGAUCAUAAGAAGAAUUUUACCCUUCACCACGCUUGGGAGGAGCUAAGGAAUGACCAGAAAUGGAGCGAAUUUGCAACUGCUAAGAUGGAUGUAAGCGGUAAGAAGAGAAGGUGUUCGGAUGGAGCACAAUCCAAAAGCUCUCAAGCAACUACGAACCUAGGUUAUCAUCCAACAAAACGUCCUCCUGGUGUUAAGGUGGCUAAAGGAGCAUCUGGUAAGAGGAGUGUAGUGGAUCACACGGCUGUCUCUCAGCUUUAG